AUGAGGAUCUCUUCAUUGUUUGGGCCCGCGACGGCCGGCUGGCCCUCGCUCCUCGCGCUUUUACCGACUCUCAACGCCCUGUCAUUCGAGUCAGUCUCCAUCCCGGAACUGGACCUCAGCUCGCUGGGACGGGUAUCAAUCACUGGUGAUUUCGAUGGCGUUUCUCUCUAUCAAUAUAAGGAACAGACCGAAUCGAUUCCCGAUGGCACCCAAGGUCUUCUGACCCCGCUACCGAACGGCAUUCUCACGAAUCUCUCGUCCACCAAUGCGCAUAUCAUGGCAAUGUGCCCCUUUACCAAAAAGGAUGGAUCUUUCGCAGGUAUAUUUGUUGGGGGUAACUUCACCAGCCUAGGCGGAGUAGACUCGCCCGGUGCUGCUCUCUUCGACCCGAAUACCAGCAAAGUUACUGCCUUACCGGGCCUUUCGGGCUCGGUAGCGGCCGUGACUUGCGAUCAGGACACUAACCGCGUCUACAUUGGAGGAAAAUUCACCCACGACAACACGACGAACGCCAUCGCGUGGGCGCCCGACAAUGGCUGGACUAACCUCCCGUUCAAUGGCCUGAAUGGCCCUGUCAGCUCGAUUUUGAAAGCUGACAACGGCCAUAUCAUCUUUGGAGGAUCAUUCGAUGCCCUGGGAAACAGCACGAGCAACAGCACCCGCAACAGCACCAGCUCCUCAAACGAAAGACAAAUCCUCAACCUUCAAAAUGCGACCGUCACAUCCGAUGCAGACUCUUCCUUGGACGGCUACUCCGAUCCUCGUAACAUCAUUUGCUCGACAACCGGGGUGGCGGCCAAAGGCAAGACCUAUCUUCUACACGACUAUGCGCCGGGAUUUUGGAGAGCAGACCUCGGGUUCGACUUUUUUCCGACUAAAAUUCGCCUGUACAACACUCACUUAGAUGGACGCGGCACCAAGGACUUUUUACUUCGAGCGCUCCCCGACACUGGCAUCAUGAAUCUGACUUACAUCGACGAGUCAGGAAAAAAGACCAGCUGUGACUCGUCCUGCCCGCUUUCCAGCAGCACGAAUGAAACCUACCGUGAAUUUACCAUGGUCAAUCCCGUUGGUAUGCGAGGAUUCCAGAUUGAGGUGCUUAGUUGGUACGGACAAGGAGCUGGCCUGAACGGCAUUGAGGUCUUCCAGGACCAAAUCCUCACAUACGCUGUCGAUCAAUACAAUGAACCAACAUGCUCAGGCAUUGAAUACCCCGCCAAGUCAACGCGCACCGGCUCUUGGACUGUCGAGUCUGGGUAUGUGUCUGCGAAGGUGACCAACUCUAAUGCCUCGACCACAUCCGUCACAUUUGAGCCUGACGUGAAAGAGUCUGGCAACUAUACCAUCAAGUUAUAUACUCCCGGCUGUACCCAGGACAACUCUUGCAGCUCACGGGGUAUUGUUAAUGUCACGGCUACACUCACGAAUGGAUCUGACUCUAGCCAGCCCGAUCCGUCAUAUUUUUACCAGACCAACCUACACGACAAGUAUGACACAUUCUACACUGGGUAUGUUGAUGCCAACAGUGACUCCUUCCGACCAAAGGUUACGGUGCGGGCCAAGGACGGCCAAGGAGAUAUCACCAUUGUGGCGUCUCGUGUCCGUUUUGAACUACUUUCCAGCAAUAAGAGCACCAAAAGCACCAAGAGCACUAAGAGCACCGGGGGUCUCAAUGGAUUAUACGAUUAUGAUCCGACCGCAAACACUACUGAAACCUCAAAUCUUACAAAGUCCGACAUUAACAAGGCGGGGACUUCACUCGACCAUAACGCAACCAUCUCAAUAAUGAAGGAGCAUGAUGAUGUGAUCUAUGUCGCUGGCAACUUCUCUGACAGCAAGAUCCACCACGUCAUGUCGAUCACGGAUGGCAAUGUCACAGCAAUGCCCGGCUCUGGUUUGAACUCUCCAGUACUAGCAAUGGCCACCCUUGACAAUUUCCUGUAUGUUGGAGGUCGCUUCACCGAUACCUCAGACGCAGGUUCAACGGGCCUUCAACACGUUGCGGCAUACUCAUACUCUUCCAAAGAAUGGUCGGCCCUGGGAGCAGGGCUGAACGGUCCUGUCAAUUCGAUUUGGCCUGUUGGAUUGAAUGCAUCAACUGCUAUCAAUGAAACCAUCCUUGCUGUGAGCGGCGACUUUGACCAGAUCAUUGCUUUCAACGGGAAUCCCGCGGUAUCUGUUGCUGGGUUCGCCAUAUGGGUCCCCUCCCGUAAGGACUGGCUCCAGAACCUUAAUGUUACACAGAUGCAGUUCGGUGGUCAACUCUCAAGUGUCGCUUCGCACAACAAUACGCUCAUCUUGGCAGGUGACCUUGCCACCAAUGGUAUCAUCGCUGGUGGUGCGGUGUCACUGCUAAAUCCCGAUGAUUUGCAACUGAUUCCUCUGUCGAUGAAGAUCAACCACAAAAAUUCAAGCACUGGUCUGAUCACCGGUGCUUAUGAUACCAGUUCGAACCGCAAUCUCACGAUCUACGGUGGACAUUUCGCUGCCGCUGGCAGCAAUGGAUCAACCAUUGAAAAUAUUGCCAUCCUCAACGGCACCGAUGAGAAGAUAUCAGGUCUGCCGCAAGGCGUCGACAGUAACUCAACGUUUAUUUCAAUGCUUGUGUACAACGACACCCUCUAUGCAGGUGGAAAUGUUACCGGAAACAUCGGUCGCACCAGUCUGCGGGGUCUUGUGGUUUACGACCUGGAAAAGAAAGAGUUCGCACAGACUCAGUCGGCUUUCUCGGGCUGGAAUGUCUCAGUCAAUGCUGUCGUCAAUCGACCGGAUUCAUCUGAUAUCUACUUUGGAGGAAACUUCGAAGGUGUAGGGCAGUUCCCAUGUAAUUCUGUCUGCUAUGUGGAUGCCACCACCGGGGAAUGGGAUCAACCUGGCUCGUCCCUAAGUGGUACCGUGAUUGACCUUCACUGGGCCAGUCAAAAGACGCUGAUGGCUGUGGGCGACCUUCAGGUCGGUGGUAACAAGACCUCAAUUGCUCUCUACAACGCGAAAUCCGAAACAUGGUCCUCUUUCUCUGGAGCAUCCGAGUCAGAUUUGCCCGGAAAUGUCACUACGUUUACUGCUGCUAGCUCGGAUUUGUCAAAGUUCUGGAUCGGAGGUACUGCGGCCAAUGGCUCGGCCUUCUUCUUGAGCUACGAUGGUUCCGAGUUCCUAUCCCCCGGUAACCUUUUCUCCGAGGGCACGGUCAUUCGUGGUUUAGAGAUUCUCCCUGUCAGCCACGACCAUUCUGCGGCUGCUCUGUUGAAUAACGAUCAGACUUUGUUGAUCAUGGGUUCGCUUGUGAUCCCGAACUUCGGACAUGCAUCAGCGGCGCUCUACAACGGAACCGAUAUCACUCCAUUUAUCCUUUCCCAGCAAGCCGAUGGCCGACCGGGCAGCAUGUCGAAGUUCUUAUCCGAGAACAAAAACCCUUACACUACCACCACAAAACAUCACUCCAAUGGCAUCGCAGUCUUGGUGGCUUUCUGCUGUGCUCUGGGCUGCGUCUUCCUCAUCGUCCUAGCCGGUGUCAUCCUUAAUAAGGUACAGCGCCGCCGCCAGGGCUACGCAGCUGCCCCUCAAACCUUCGGCACCGAUCGACCAUCCGACAUGCAGCGCCUGCCGCCUGAGUAUCUCUUCAACUCGCUGCACCAUCCCAACCCUGGUGCCCCGGUCCUUUAA